AUGGCGCCCCCAAACCCGCUAGCAAACUGGGAGAGAUUAGGGGACAGCUUCUACAGAAAGGUCACUGUUUAUGACGCUAUCUUUGAUGAGGACGUCGACUUGGACAACUACAUCGUUGCCGGUGCACCAUAUGGAGGAGCUAUUGCUCUGCAUCGGGAUGAAAGCAAGCCAUACAGGUUUCGAGAUGCUCAUACUGCCAGAUCAAGCAUUGACAUCUAUUCAUGCUCCGGGAAGCCGAUAAACCGCAUUAAUUGGGAGCAUGGAACGAUUCGAGGACUUGGCUGGUCCGACAAGGAAGAACUGCUGGUCAUCACAGAAGAUGGAACAGUUCGCCGAUAUUUCGGAUUGUAUGGCGACUUUACUUCAUUUUCACUAGGAAACGGAGCCGAAGAAUACGGCGUAAGAGCGUGCAAGUUUUGGACUUACGGUUUUGUCGCCUUGCUUGCAAACAAUCAACUGAUCGCUGUCUCGAAUUAUGAUGAGCCACGCCCCAAAUUGCUAGCCCGCUGUCCGGAAGGAGAGGUUUCCUCUUGGUCCUUGAUACCGCCACCGUACACUCUAUCCCGCUCAGUAGAGGUGCUCUUAGCGGUCGACAAGACAAUCUACCUGAUUGAUGCGACUGAUGCAGAGGAUAAAGUGCUUCAGAAUGGGCCCUUCAAACAUGCAAGUGUGUCCCCUACUGGUCGGUUUGUGGCACUCUACACUGCCGAGGGUAAGGUUUGGGUGGUCAGCAGUGAUUUUCAGAGCAAGUACAGUGAAUACGAUCCACAGUCUCGAGUCACUCCUCGAACAGUUGAAUGGUGCGGUGACGAUGCUGUUGUCAUCGCAUGGGAGGAUGAGAUACACCUCAUCGGGCCCAAUGGAGCUGCUGUCAAAUAUUAUUAUGACGGCACUGUACAUGUGGUGCCUGAGUUCGAUGGAGUACGGCUCGUCACCAACGAUACAUGCGAGUUUUUGCACAAAGUAGCAGACGUCACGGAGGCCAUUUUUCGGCUUGGAUCUACGUCUCCAGCUUCAGUACUCCUAGAUUCAGUGGACCUACUGGAGAAGAAAUCUCCCAGAGCCGAUGAGAACAUUCAACGGAUUAAGUCGACUUUACCGGAAGCAGUCGACACCUGCGUCAAGGCCGCUGGUCAUGAGUUAGACGUCUAUUGGCAGAAAAGACUUCUGAAGGCUGCUUCCUAUGGAAAAUCGGUCUUGGACUUGUACAACAGCGAUGAAUUUGUGGAAAUGACCGAGAAACUUCGCGUUCUCAAAGCAGUUAGGGACUACCAAGUCGGAUUUCCCAUUUCUUACGACCAAUAUAUGCGAUUGACUCCAGAAAAGCUGAUAGAGCGUCUGGUCAACAGACGUGAAUAUCUGCUGUCGAUCAAAAUAUCCGAAUACCUCCAGAUUCCAGCUGACAAAAUCUAUGUCCACUGGGCCAGCCAAAAAGUCAAGGUCUCUACAGUCGACGACGAAGCUGUGUGUAAGCUCAUUGUGCAAAAGCUUGAGGGCAAGCCGGGAAUUUCGUUCGAGCAGAUUGCGCAAGCCGCAUACGAUGAAGGACGGGCUCACUUGGCCACGCAGCUUCUGAAUCAUGAACCACGCGGUGGCAAGCAGGUCCCCUUGCUGCUAAACAUGGAAGAAGACGAACUUGCUCUGGAUAAAGCCAUCGAAAGUGGUGAUGAUGAUCUUGUAAAUUUUGUACUGCUGCAUCUGAAGAGCAAGCUUCCUCUCGCCAGCUUCUUCAGGAUGACCAACACCCGGCCUAUGGCUUCGGCACUAGUGGAAGCGAAUGCCCGUGGAGAAGACACCGAGCUGCUGAAAGAUCUGUUCUACCAGGACGAUCGCCCUAUAGACGGCUCCAAUAUUCUUUUAUCCGAGGCAUUGCACGAGCCGGAACUGCCACGAAAGACGGAGAAGCUCCAACUUGCAUCUCGUUUGUUGUCCGACUCGAAAGAUGCAACUGUGGUUCUCCAACAAAAGUUGAUCUCUGAGGCAUCCCAGUUGCUCAAAACCCAGGAAGCUCUGGACAAAGAGAUUGCAGAACGCUCCGAGUACCUCGGUCUCAGCCUAAAUGAGACCGUCUACAGACUAAUCAAAUCAGGCUAUGGCAAAAGAGCACAUAGGAUACAAAGCGAUUUCCGGAUACCGGAGAAGACGUAUUGGUGGUUGAGACUAAGAGCCUUGGUCGCCAAGAGAGACUGGGGCGAAUUGGAAGAGAUAGGCAAGAACAAAAAAUCCCCAAUUGGGUGGGAGCCUUUCUAUAAUGAAGUCCUGGGUGCUGGAAAUACCAAGCUUGCUUCACUGUUUGUUCCUAAAUGCACCAAUCUGCCCGCCGAAGAGAGAAUUGAGAUGUGGGUGAAAUGUGGAAUGAUCGUAAAGGCCGGAGAAGAAGCUCAAAGAGCAAAAGAUGUCAAUACCCUUGAACUUCUUCGGGCAAAAGCGUCGGGACCAGCCGCUGCUGAAAUCGAGCGCAUGAUCAAUCAGCUAAGACCACGGAAAUAG